AUGGACGGGUUCUUGCGGAGCCGAAAGACGGCGCGAUCGCAAGAUCGAGAGCGGGCUGGCAUGCAAGGUGCCGUGCAAAGUGCUGCGCAAGGUGCCGAGCAACAUGGCAGCCAGGAGGUACGUGCGGGGACGCCAACAGCGGUAUCCACGUCAAAGGAGGAGACUAGAGUAUCGGAUAACGCAGUGGAGAGGACGCACGACAUGGCGAACGAUCUAUACUCGCUCGUAAUGUCGAAGAACAACAUCCUCAUCACCGUAAAGGAAAAGCAAGCCAAGCUAACGGCAAUGGCGAAAAGAGCAGUGCAGGAGCACAGGCGGCUUCUGCAGAGAGCCGAGCAGGCGGAGCAGGAGCUCGAAGCGGCGGCCACCCAGGCGAAAGAGCUGCAGGCAAGAGCCGAGGCAGCCGAGGCGAUGGCCGUGGCGGCUGAGGCGAUGGCAGCAGAAGCCGAGAAGAGGGCCGAGGCGGCGCAAAGGGCGCGGGCGGAAGCCAUGAUGGCAACGCCAGCGAUCGACCUGGCAACACCAAAGGCGAGGAUGGAAAAGAGGAAGCGGGAGACCCCGGGGGAAGAAGAGGAGAAGAGGAAGCCCCAGGGACCCGAAGGAAGCCCGGAGGCGGAGGAUAACCUUGGAUCCGGCUCUCGAGGCAAUGGAGAAGAAAGUGGUGAGGACGAGAACCACAAGGAAGGGGUGCUCAUCGAGCUAAGAGCGGGUGCGAAAGUACCCACGAUGGAGCUGCGGUCGAUGGUCCAGAAGUCCCUCGGGCAGGAGGAGGGAGUGAAGACACUGUCGCAUGACACGGCGAUCGAGUGUCGGAACCUGGACAGCAUCACCACCGAGGGCGAGCUGGAAAAGGCCCUCAAGGAGCAGUGCGGUGUAAAGGAGAUCUCUUCCUUGCGACUAAGGAAGGGGUUCGAUAAUAUGAAGGUGGCAACGGUCUGGCUGCACCCACAGGAAGCAGGCAAGUUGCUGGCGAAGGGCUCGGUGAAGCUACGCUGGUCGGUCUGCCCAAUCAGAGUGGCUCCGCGUGUCGACCCGAGUACCAGAAAGUGCUACAAGUGCCUGGAGCUGGGACACCUGUCGGUCAACUGCAAAGGCCCCGACAGGUCGAAAUUGUGUUACAACUGUGGUGGAGAGGGGCACAUUGCCAAGGAUUGUUCGUCGACCACGGCAUGUAUGCUCUGCGCCGCCAGCGGUGACAACAAACACGCACUAGGCGGACCGCGGUGCAACGCAUAUCGUUCGAGGGUAGCCACCAAGCAGUAA